ACUUGCGUAAAUUUGGUUGCCAACUCUACGGUUAAAGGUACCUUCGGUUCGCUACUGGCGAUUGGCACGUGUAAACAGUGCGUAAGAAUACAGAAGAUCAACCUUGUAAAUAGUGCGUGAGAAUGCAGAUGAUCGUGAGCCGUAAACGCGAUGAGCUGCUUCAGUUCCGAGAAGUGCCGGUAAAACGAAAAAACGACCGCUAGCUGGAGUAUUUAAGGCAGCUUCUUCGGACUGGCAGCGUUAGUGCACUUUUACCAGAUACACAAUGGACAAAUACCUGCGGUUCUUCAUCAAAUUUCAGCCGUACAUGAUCGUCUUGUUUACGCUGCAGAUGGUGAUGGUGCUAACACCGGCGAUGGCACAGAAUGAAACGGACGGAAUCGAAAAUCUACGCUUCGGAGGCAAGGUGGCAGUAGUAUUCGGCUUCAGCUGGGCCCUCGCUGUGGUAGCGCUGAUCACGGCGAUACAUAAGGAAGACAAACGACUCAUCUAUCCGUACGCGUGCUUGUUUGGGUUUGAGCUUCUGCUUCUAGUACUGCGCGAAUUUUACAUCAUUGCAGUCCAUGGGUUUUUUAUCGAAGUUUUAACAAUCAAAAUGUACGUCGCAGCGCUAGUUGUACCGUACGUUUGUGCAAGCCUGUUUGCACUGCACCGGCUGUUCACGGUGGACCCGAUCGAAACCCGGCGUGACGAGGGAUUUGUGCGCUUCGAUCGCAACGAGAUGGCGGCCGUCGCGGAAAGCCAAAUUAGCUCCUCAACCAUCAGCCCCGUGCCCAAUCAUAAUACACCGCAGGUGGUGUAGGAGAAGGAUAAAACUAUGCUACGGUGUACACACUAACCAAGGUUUAACGUUGCGCUGUGACACCAUCAACGCCAUUGCCAUUGCUCGAGUGCCCUGUGUGGGUGUAUGAUUAGGAAUAAACGAGAAAUCGUCAAGAUACCUUUUUUAAUGGUCAAGUUACCAAUAAACGCGUUCAGCUUAAGUUAAAAACAAAA